AUGCCCAUUCUCAUACCCAACGAAGUAACAACAAUGGAUGACAGUCACAGAAAUUACCUGAGGCUAAAAACAUUCACAAAUGUCAGGCUGAAUUUAAGGUUCCCGACCUUCAAGAGGUCAUCACUUCAUUAUUGCACCUUCUAUGCCAAAGCUGCAACUCCCAGUUACUGCAGCUCCAGCUGUGACAGCUCUGCAGUCCCUCAGAUGAUGACCUUGAAUGUCCAGUCAGAAAAGAAGCAUCACAUGCACCCCAGACAUCUUCAGUUUCUGAACAUUGUCGAUGAUGGCAGCCAGAUAUCCAUGACACAGACAACAAAGGCUUUCCAUCUGCACCAGGGACCUUUGAAGGAGAACAGUAAUGCUCUGGAUUCUGUUGGAGUGAUUCUGACUUUGGACCAAAUCGCUCCACUCCACCUGGGUAAGGAGUGCGUGUCCCUGUGGGGAUGCCAGCCCUUAUCCCAAGCGGCUGCUCCCAGGAGGGACACCGGGAUCCUGGGAAUACCGGGAUCCUGGGAAUACCGGGAGCUCCGCAGGACACCGUGCCCAAGGCGCCGCGCUGCCCGCGGGCUCGGCGGGCUCGGAGCCCCGCUAGGGCUGCUUCAGCGCCGCUCGGGCUGGCUCUGCCCCGCGCUGUUUCCCUCCCUCGGCCGGGACCCCGGCUCACCCCGGCGGCCGCAGGUGCCCGGCGCCGCUCGCUGCCGCCUGCCGGGGCCGGGCUCAGCCCUGGCCGGGCACAAGCGCCCGCCCUCCGCAGGUGCGCGGGGCCGGGCAGGGGCGGCCGGCGGGGCCGGUUUGCUGCGGGCCGGGAGGCGCCGGAGCCCGCGGCGCUCCCCAGAACGGCCGGCGCUGCCGGGGUGGGAAGGGGUGAGGGCGGUCGGUGCCGGGCGUGAGGGAAGCGCUGUGUGCUGCGGGACCGCGGGAGAACCGGCGGGUCCCCGGGAACGUGAGGGGGAGACGGCGGCCGCCGAGGCGUGGAAGGGCCGCCCUGUCCGGCUGGAGCCGCCUGAGGCGAGGGAUGUCGGCGGAGCAGGGCUGGAGGGAUCUCGGAGAGCCCUCUCGAAACUCCAAACACAGCAAUGCCCUCUCAGUCAGGAGCCCGGAAAAGUCAAGCGGCAGGCCCUGGACUGGGACUGGUCAGUGCCACACGGACAUCAGGAAGCUGUGCCUGGAUUUCACUGCCAUGGCAGCACCUGCCAGCUCUGCCUCCAGGCUCAUGGCUGUGUUCAGACCCCAGCAAUAAACUCUGAAGAGAUAGGAUACACAGGAUAUUGCAGCAUUAGAGCAAAUGGCCCUUUUCCUCGUUGUGUCACUAUGCAAUUUGUAGACAUCCAGAAAAUCCAGGGAACUUGACAAGUAUUUACAUGCCCUGACACUGCCAGCAGCCCACCGAGCUUCACCUUCCCAGGGAGGUUAUCCUUGUGCCAGGGGAGGCCCCUGUCCCAAGACAGCUUGUCCUCCCUCCUCAUCCAUGUCCCAGGAGCUGUGACAGCCUGUCAGUGCCUGCCUCCUGGGAUGUGGCAGUGGCAGCUUGCUGACGUGCACAUUGGCUGAUGCCAGGAUCGCCUUUUUAUGUGGUGCUCUUUGCCUUUCCUCCCCAGCUGAAGCCCAACACCAGUGUGACCAGAAGCAGAGUUUGCAAAGGCUGGUCACUGCCAGGAGUGUUCUGUGAGGGAGGGCAGAGGAGGGAAUGAGAGACUGUCGGUGUCAGUUCUGGGACAGAAGACUGGUUGGGAAGCCUCAUUCUGUUCACCUCUUGCUCUGACUAAGGCAUAAUGGGAAACUGAAAAUACCGAUUCAGAUGACAAGUAGAACUUGGAUCCCUGCAAGAGAGCCAUAUUUUCCUCCUGUCAAAUCUUUGAAAGAUCAGAAAAAAAGUUUUGCUGUUACUGUCUUUAAUGCACCCCCUUCCGUGCCCUACUUCAGGACACGUAUGUGUAAUCUUCUUCACUCAUAGUGAGAAAAUGGUGUUCGAAAAGCCAAGAAUGUGCCUGAUGUAAUGAAGAAUCCCCUUAUGAUGGUGACCAUUUUUCAUUAUGAAAAGUUCUUGUUAUGCUUUCUGUCCCGUGGGCCUCAGCACAAAGAUGUACUGUCCCACUAAGCGUAGCUUUACUCCUCAUCUUACCCCAUGCUGUUAUUGUAUCUCAGUAUUUUUUCAUUGA